CUCACAGAGGAGAACACGAACCCUGGGGAAAGGGAGUUAAGCGUGAGUGAAAUCGCUCCGAACAUGCUGAAGGAAGCGGAGGAGGGGAGCGUCUGGGCUGGAGAGAAGAAGGAGAGCUGUGGUCCUCAGCCUGGUGAUGCUGGAGAGCCCGGCAGGGUUGCCGCGCUGAAGCAGCAGAUUGCUGUGCUGGAGGAGCAGCUGGGCAAGAAGAAAGAAGAACUCGAGCAGAUCAGGGCGGUGCUGGAGCAGCAGGAUCAUGAGAUCAAGGAGAAGGAGAAAAGCAUUAAGUUACUGGCCAGCUCCAAAGCUCAGCUGGAAGAGAAGCUGCGCCAGGAAAACACCAAAGAGGCCAAACCGCCGUCCGGGCGGAGCGGUGGGGCUUUGCAGUGCUACGAUGCUGCGGUGAACACCGACCUCUGGCAGGUACCCGGGGCCAAGCAAGCCCAUGAUAAAGGCAUCAACGUAAAUAUCCCAGUCGCCACCAAAUCCAUAGGAUGCAGCGUCCACAGAGCAGACAACGUGAACACGCAGGCGAUGGAGCUGGGUGCUCGGAGGGGUGAGGGACUGGCAGACGCUUGCACCAGUGGCAGUGGAGAGGGACCCGGACAUUUUGGUGAAGCCAACGUCGAGGCUGGACUUCAUGCAUCGUGCUUCACCCGGCUGAAGAUUGACGAGCACCUCAGCGAUGACAAUCAAAAUCACAGGAAUAACUACGAUACCCGAAGUCUCGCUGCUCACGCAGCGACUGCAGAAAGCUAUCGAGGAACAGGAGUUGGCUCAAACGCAGGUGCAAACAAGGCAGGCUUUGGAGAAGCCAAACCUCGAGAUGGGCUGGAAGAGGACGGUCCCCCUGACCAUGAGGAUCUCCCUGCUGUUGACCCCAUCGGCCAAUACGUAAAAAAAAUCCAGGAGCUUUUGCAGGAGCAGUGGCUGUGUUUGGAGCACGGCUACCCCGAGUUAGCGAGCGCUAUUAAACAGCCGGCCUCCAAGCUCAGCUCCAUUCAGAACCAAUUAGUUAAUUCCUUAAACUCGUUGCUGUCUGCCUACUCUACGCGAGGGCCGGCCGAUAAGGAGAAUUCGAACACACACUAUCAACAGUUGGAAAUGUCUCCAACCACAAGUCUUAAAUCCAUCAUGAAAAAGAAAGGUUAUGGUUUCCAUGCAGGAGGCAAUGGGACCAAAAAGAAUCUUCAGUUUGUUGGGGUAAAUGGUGGCUACGAAACGACUUCAAGCGAAGACACAAGUUGCGAAGACAGCCCAUCGGACGGCGAUGUGGAGAGCGAGACGGAGAAACAGGACGAUGAUUUGGAGCCCACGCAGGGGAAAACUGGAGGUGAAAGCAAGGGGGCUUCGUCGGGGACCUCCUCGCAGGAGGUCCGUGAGGACGAUGACCUGCAGGAGCCGUCGGCAGAAGCAGCGCCUUGCCCCCAGCACAAGGCUGACAGAUGCAAACCCUCGGAAGAUUUCCUUGCCUACUGCCAGCUACUCAGCAAGCACCUCUCCGAAAUCAGGACCACAAGUGACAAGCAUCUGCGGCACGUCCUGAGCACCGUCUGCCAGGAGUGGUUCCAGGUGUCGAGCCGCAAGUCUUCCAGCCCGGAGGUGGUCGCAGCGUAUCUCGAGGCGCUGGGGACCAUCCAGCCCCAACUCCUGGCGAUGGUGGUGAACCUGGCCGACAGGAACGGCAACACUGCUCUUCACUACAGCGUUUCCCACUCCAACUUCCCAAUUGCAAAGCUCCUGCUAGACACAGGCGUGUGCCGCCUGGACCUGCAGAACCGCGCCGGCUACACGGCGGUGAUGCUCACCCCGCUGGCGACCGCCGAAACGGGCGAGGACAUGGAGGUGGUGAUGAAGCUGCUGAAGGAGGGGGACGUCAACCUGCGAGCUGCCCAGGGAGGCCAGACCGCCCUGAUGCUGGGGGUCAGCCACGAGCGGGACGACAUGGUGCGAGCCCUCCUCUCCUGCCAGGCUGACGUCAACCUGCAGGACGAGGAGGGGACGACGGCCCUGAUGGUUGCCUGUCGGCAGGGCAACGCCGACAUCGUCAAACUCCUCUUGGACCAGCCCGGCUGCCAGGUCGCGCUGACGGACAAGGGUGGUAACUCGGCCCUGUCGCUGGCCCAGCGCGCUGCCCGCGGGGACAUCGCAGCGCUCCUGCGAGCCCACGCCGAGCAGAGCCCGUCCCUCUCUGCCUGA